UGCUGGCUACUUGGGAAGCGUAACAACCUUCAGUGGUUGGAAUCAUAAAUUUUGCGUAAAAUGCUUGAACUCGGUGUUUCUGGACAUUGGCUCUUCUCUGUGCUAGGCUUUUUAAUAGGCUUGUUUCUUGUUGCCUUUUCCAUCAUCUUUGGAGUAGAGACAGCCAAAGGUUUCAAGUGCCUUCUCGGCAAGCUAAAAAUGAGUUCAGGAAGUCAAAAUCAUAGUUCUAAGUUCAACUGGAAGGUGGCGAAACGCACAGAUCAGUUGGCAGUUAUGGUGGUCUUCUUGAUAAUGUUAGGCUUGUUAUGGGGUGUUAGUGCUGCACUAGCAGCCAGGGAGUUCAAGCAUGGUGGUAGUGCAGCUCAGUUGUGGGUUGCUUGCAUGGUUGGACCGCUAGGUGUGUGGAUUAGAUGGUUAUUAGCGCGACUCAAUGGUCGUGGAAUAGGAAGGGAACGGCUGUUCAAAUGGAUUCCAUUUGGGACACUAAUCGCCAAUGUUUCUGCUGCUUGUGCCAUGGCUGCACUCGCUACUCUGAAGAAAUCAGUGAACACCAAAAACUGUGACACUGUCGUAACAGGCAUACAGUUUGGUGUACUGGGUUGUCUGAGUACUGUCUCUACUUUCGCUGCCGAGUUUAAUGCCAUGAGAGAAAGUAUGCAUCCUUGGAGAGCAUAUUUAUAUGCUAUGAUUACCAUUUGUGUUUCGUUCUUUUUUGGGAUCUUGCUAUACGGCAUCUAUGUUUGGAAAAUGUGAGUGGUCUUGGCAAUUAUUUUUGUGCCUAUAGCUACAUUUAAAAGGCCAUAAAUCUGAUAUGAGAUGGUUGUUGGGCCAACGGAUUGGGAAUUAAGAUAUGUAGACAUAGAUGCAGGUUUUGCUCAAGCAUCUUUCCCUUCAGCUUCAGGUAUGAGAGGUAGCUGGGGAUGAUUGGUUCUACGGAAGGGUUAGUAAAGGUUGGGACCGAAGGACAAAGGUUGCAAAAUUUCGAAAGAACCGCUUCUAGUGCAAAGUUUAGUUGACGUUGCUCCUCGAUCUUAUUCCUGGGGUUGAAGUGCAAGUCUUGCUUAAAUUCAAAUAUCAAGAUCAAGCAUUUUUUUUUU